GUUCGUGAAAAUAUCACCUGGCAUUUUCGUAAUUUCAAAUCCCACCCCCGACCUUUAUCCUCAUCUCUAUGGUCAAUCUCUCUCACACAGACUCACUGAGAGAGAGAGAGAGAGAGAGAGAGAGAGAUGGGGGUGGUGAUAAUCGACGGCACGACGGUGAGGGACUUUGUGAGGAACGAGGAAGAGUUCAACAAGAGCGCGGAGGAGCAGUUCGCAACGCUGGAUCUCAACAACGACGGCGUUUUGUCGCGAGGGGAGCUCCGGAAGGCAUUCGAGUCCAUGAGGCUGAUCGAGACGCAUUUCGGCAUCGACGUGGCCACUCCGGCGGAUCAGCUGACCCAACUCUACAACUCCAUCUUCGAGAAGUUCGACAUCGACGGCAGCGGCACCGUCGACGAGAGCGAGUUCAAGUCGGAGAUGAAGAAGAUCCUGCUCGCCAUCGCCGAUGGCCUCGGCUCUUCUCCCAUCCAGAUGGUUCUCGAAGACGAUAAACAGAGUUUCCUUCAGAAAGCGGCAGAUCUCGAAGCUUCCAAGAUAAAUCAAGCAUGAGCUUCAAUUUCAUGAUCUCGAAUCCUUCCUAACGAUUCCUCUCCACUCCACGUUUAUCAAUUUACUGUUACUGUUUCUGCUCUGUUAUCUUCCCUUGUAAGUGAACUGUUUUCUGGCUGCCUCAUCAACUUUCGAUGAUUUUGUCCGUGUGUAUAUAUGACUCAUAACCUGACUUUUUAAAUAAUAGUAAUUGCAUUCAAGUCCUUGAGGACUUCACUCA